CAGUUCCUUCCAAAGCCUUCUACUACACUCUCUUUCUUCCUCUUGCAAAAUUGAAGAGCUCUUUCACAAAGUACCCAAUUCCGAAUCGUAGAGAAGCCAAAAAGGAGAAGAAUCACGAUGAACCCACAAGUGGAUAAGCUGGUGAGGGGGACUACUGUAGUGGCUACUAUCACUGCUUCCUAUUUUCUCUUAACCGCUGAUUAUGGCCCUGAGCCCAAUGUUCUCGACCCUAUUAAGAAGGCAAUACAGUCUGCAGAAAGCUCCGUCAAAGACUUCAUCUUUGGAUCAAAGACUCAACCUCCAGAAAGCAAAGUGAAGGAGCUGGGCCCUAACAGCGCAAAGGAACACCCUUAGUUAGAGAGGCAGUUAACCUUGUAUAGGAACAUCGUGGUUUCGAGACUUUUCACUGUUCUUUCAUCGUGUAUGCAGUAGUGAUCUUGCACCUUGUGUACCUUUUGCAGAAAGAUAUUUUCUUGUUUCAUUUCUGUACAAUAUACUCCUUACUGCCUGAAAUAAAAUCCAAGUCUGUCGA